AUGUGCGUCUCCCUCCAACUUUUGAGCUAUACUGAGUACGAUUGGCUUUAUUCUUCCAUUCAGAUUUUUGUGAACAAUUCCACUGCCUUCAAGAGUGAUUUACCACCUAACAGUCACUGUAGCAGCUUAAAAAAUUGUUCAGAUGAUAAUGUUCUUACACGGACAGAAAUUCUAGAGUUAACAGCUUCUCAAGUGAGUAUGAUAGAAAUGACAGGAGUUUGUCUUUCAGAUGAAUGUAAACAGAGUUUCGAACGCUACGCCUCUUACGCGACGCUGAUAAAAGGUAUUUCCCAUUGCGGAAUGAAAGACCCGGCAUCUUUAGCCUCGUACCAUUAUUUAAGAUAUCUCAGGUGCUUAAAUGAAGGCGACUAUCAUGCUUCCUAUGACGCGUUGCAUCAGUAUUUUGACUACAUGGUUUCAAAAGGCUCAAAGAUGUUCUACCAUUUCGCUUUAAUAGCUAAAGCAGCUCUACAUAUCGUGUUUGGUGAGAAACAAAAUGCAUUGGAUACAAUUGAAGAAGCUGGUAAUGUUGCGAGGGAUCAAAAAGACGAGAUCGCCUUGACUUACGUGCUCACAUGGCUCUUUAAAGUUAUGACUAAUCACCAAGACGAGAAUUUCUCUGGAAGGGUACAUAAAGUAAGAAACAUGAGGCUUCUUGAGUUUUUGAGUCAGAAAGAUUAUCAGCGCAAUAGUCUUUUCUCUGCAGCUGUCCUACAAGCCGAGUACGACUACAUUGUCUCCGCAGGGGCAAAAACGUUGCUCAUAUCGCUUCUUCUCAUUGGCUAA